GUUCAGGUCUAACUUUCCGAUUCUAAAUUUCACCCCGACUAUUCAAUUAUUAAUUAUUAAUAAAAUCUUGUUGAUAAAGAUUAAAAUAAUUGAUUUAAUCCACAAUUUUAAAAUUUACUCAAAAUAUAAGAGUAAUUAUCAAUCUUGUUUCGAUCUACAAGGUCAAGUCGAUUCACAACUGAAAGGCUUGCGAAGACGUGAAGAUGCAAUGACCUCAAGUUUUCAUUUUCACCUCGCAAUCACGUACACACAUUUCCUUUCUCCAUUAUCAACUCCCUUCUAGUAAAAGUUACUCCAUCAUGAAGGAAUAAUCUGCAUCAUUAAUAAAAACAUUAAUUGGGUGAUCGGCUCCCACCAUGGCACUGAGAAAAGUAUUAAAGAGCUCAAGCAGCGUUUGUUCAGUUAAAAACACACUGGAACCUUCACUUUCUUCGGCUGGUUUUUUGAGUUUUCUGAAAAAUCAGGAAAAUUUCUCUCGCGGAUUGGCGGCAUCAAGCAAAAAAAGUGAUAUGGUUGUCCCUAAGGAAGAAGUUGUGAGAUUUAUCAAACACUGUAUGUGCAAAGCUGGUACGACGCCCGAGGAUGCUGAGACUGUGGGACAUCACUUGAUGGUCGCUGAUUACAGAGGCCACUUCAGUCACGGCUUAAAUAGAAUGUCAAUGUAUGCUCGUGACAUCAAAUCCCGACUCAUCGAUCCUGAAGGAAAACCGGAAGUCAUCAGAGAUUUCCAGGCAACAGCCCUCGUAACCGGAAAUAAUGCUCUGGGCCAAGUAGUCGGGAAAUUCUGCAUGGACCUAGCAAUAAGCAAGGCCCAAAAAUUCGGAAUAGGAAUAGUAUCCUCCAGGUGUUCUAAUCAUUACGGAAUAUGUGGAUAUUACACUCUCAUGGCAAUCGAAAAAAAUAUGAUUGGUUUCACAUGUACCAACACAAGUCCCUUGAUGGCUCCUACAAGAAGUACCAAAUCCGCCCUUGGUACGAAUCCUCUAUCCCUCGGAAUGGGAGCAUCAUCUAGUGACCAAGUCGUUCUCGAUAUGGCAACAACUUCAGUCGCACUCGGAAAAAUCGAAUUAGCAAUGAGAAAGGGUGAAAAAAUCCCAGAUGGAUGGGCCUUAGGUUCAGAUGGUAAACCCACAACAGAUCCUAAAGUCGCUUUUGACAAUGCUAUUUUAAUGCCACUUGGAGGAACAGAGGAACAUUCCGGAUACAAAGGAUACGGUCUCGCUCUGAUGGUUGAAGUUCUCUGUGGUAUACUCAGUGGAAGUGAAUUUGGACCAAAUGUUAGGGAAUGGAAAAAAAGUGAAAGAAUCGCGAAUCUGGGUCACUGUUUUAUUGCUAUCAAUCCAGAAGUCUUUGCUCCAGGAUCUAAGGAUAGGUUGGCAAGUCUCCUUCAGCAGCUGAGGGAACUUCCGAAAGUGUCUGAUAGAAAUGUGAUGGUAGCUGGAGAUCCGGAGAGAAUGGCCAUGGCUAAAGUUGAUAAAAAUGGCGGAAUUGAGUAUCAUGAGAAUCAGCUCAAGCAUGCUGAAGAAUUCGCAAAGGAAAUGGGUGUCGAGCCUAUGAAAUUGAUACCUAAAUCGUGUUGAUUGUUGAUAAGAUAGAUCCUUCUGGGUCAGAUAUUCUUUUCGAUUGUAUAUAAGAAGAAAAAAUUAAUCUUUUAUCAUACAGUACAGUAAAUA